AAGAAAUAUGCAAUCAGAGUUUCUUGAAUUGCGUCAACGGAUUAAGGAAUCGAUUAGGACGAAGAUGCAAAGCGGAGAUACUAUUAUUGCUCCAACCUCACAGACACAGUUACAUCAGAGCAAAAGUAAUCUUCCGUACGACUUUGGUUCCUUUUUUGGUCCUUCUCAGACUGUUAUUGCUUCAAGAGUCUUACAAGAAAGCAAGCCUCUUUUAGAAAACGAGACAUCAGCAGCUAAAAUGUUAAACUCUAUUCAAAACGUAUGUCUCAUCAGAUCCUUCUUUUUCACAUUUUUGACGUUGCAAAAGAAAAGUUCUGUUCUAAUGAAUGAUGCUUCAGGGACUAAGAAUGCGAAUGAGGUCAAACGAAAAGCUGAAAAACUUAAGGAUGGAAGAGACUACUCAUUCCUUUUCUCUGAUGAUGCUCAGCUUCCUGUUUCCAUCAAGGAACCACCUACUUCUAGACCAAGUUCCACAGAGAGCCAAAUGCAGCCAAGACCAGGUUCAUCAAAUAAUGUACAAGCUCACACGAGGGAGGAUUCGGCAAUUAACUCUCAAAAGCGGAAAUCAAUGAACAAGAAGGGCCAACCAAGUUCCAAAUUAGGCCAUCAGAGACCACUGUCCUCAACAAAGCCAUUGAGACAUGAUUCUAAACAACAAAGGGUAGAACAGAGAAAUGUUUCCUUGGAACUCACAAGGUCGCAACUGCCUCCUGCGAAACACCAGUUGAUUAGCAAACCACCAUUGAAGCGAGUGAAGAAAAAGCCUGUGAAAAUGUCAGAAGAUGAUUUGGCCUUGCAAAUGGUUAGAAAGAUGUGCAAGACUGAUCGUUUUGCAGGGCGUGACGAAGACUAUGAUGAUAGGUGCAUGGAAGCCAACUUUGAUGAUAUCAUGAGGGAAGAGAAACGGAGUGAGAGACUUGCGAAGAAAGAAGACGCGGAACAACUGCGGUUGGUAGAGGAAGAAGAAAGAGUGAGAAGGCAGAAGAAGCAGAAACUUAGCCAUUUGAAGAAUUGUGGUUUAGGGUUAAAGAAUCUACGCGUUUCUAAUUUCAAAGUUACUUUUCUUCUUUGAUUUCUGAUAUUGUUAAUAAUCAGGUAGAGUUUUACGCAAGGAAAGUUUUUUUUCUUUCUGUUUUCUUUAUCAGGCAAUGAUUGGCAUUUGUUUGAUUGUUCUUUGUUUGUUACACUUAGGUGAGACUUGACCAUUUAUUCUUUCCCUCUUCUUAGGGAUCAAAUUGAUGUCAACAAGAUUUCAAUCUGAAACAGGGUUUUGAAGUCUUCUUUUGGUUCAUUUUUGUUCAAAACUGAGGAUUAGGAUGAAGAGUGCUAUCAAAU